AGCAAGCCACGGGAUAGCAAGCCACGGGAUAGCAAGCCACGGGAUAGCAAGCCACGGGAUAGCCAGCCACACACACACACACACACUCGGGGCUGAUGCGAGGCUUGUUUUGGGUCACGGCUCAGAACUGGUUCGAGGUGGGGGUUCUCGAUCUCGGCCAAAUCCACCGCUAGGGAGAUGACUAUCGUCACCUUCAUCUCGCAGGCCCUCCUUCUCCUCACGCGCACGCUGGAGGGAAGGGAGAGAGAGAGGGUCCUCCAGCGGGCUCCUCCCCAUUCCCACUUCUUCUCAUUGAGCUCUUUCGUCAAGGUAUGGCCUCCCUCGUGUCGGCGAGUUGCUCGUCUUGUCGGCCCUAUUCUUCCUCUGCCUCCUCCUCUCCUCCUCUCAGGGGGGAAAGUUGGCGAUGGGUCCUGGUGGCCGAGUCUCGGUCUUUUUCUGGACUCGCAUGAGGAGGGGAGGGGCCGGCGAGGCAGGCGCGGUCGGUGUCGCGGGUCCGUUGAAGUACUUGUAGGAUGGGUGGAGGUCGCAGGUCAAUGCAAUGGUGUACUAUCCGUACAUGUAGUAGGUUGUUGGUACGUUGUCACCUUGGCACGAAGCUCGAUGCUCGAUAACUGCGACGACACAAAAGCUUGAGCCGCAGUCGCGAUGUUGUUUCCGUGUUGCUUGGCCAAGUUUUUCAGCCUCUUCCCUUUCCACCCCCCCCCCCCCCCC